UUUUGAUAUAUUGUCGAAUAAAAAACUCAGCGCGGCAAUUAAAUCUAUCUCAACUCUUCGGCGAAUGUUGCGUAACGGCAAAAAAAGGUUAAGCCGUUUUUUUUAUAAAGUUUGGAGGGGCAUUACGUGCGUGAGGCACCGUAGUUUUUGGCCUUGUGUUAAAAAGUUGAACCGCCGUGCAAGCAUCAGAAAUCGCGAGCAGGAGAGAUGGUAUAGCCGCGGAAUCGGUUUCACUCUCACUUUAACUACACAGAAAACGCAUCGGACUUCAGACACAAUGUCGCCCAACAAAGAAGACUUAGGCGUGUUUGAAGAAAAGGGUUUUGUCGUGGACGAUGCGUCGCAGAAGAAGGUCUCGAAUUUGUUCAAAAUGGACGAGAGCGAAGUCGAUUACGGCCAACCCAUCAAGUGGUUCAACAUUUUCGCACUGUCGUCGGUGCACAUACUUGCCAUCUACGGACUGAUUGUUGGAAUUACCCACAUCAAGCUCGUCACCGUUCUAUUCAACUUGGGCUACGGUUUUCUGUGCAUAUUCGGGAUCACGUCCGGGGUGCACCGAUUGUGGGCGCAUCGCUCGUACAAGGCCAACGUGCCCCUGCGAGUCAUCCUGAUGCUGUGCUACGCCUGUGCGGGACAGAACAAAAUUUACACUUGGGUCCGCGACCACCGCGUGCACCACAAGUUCAGCGAAACGCCCGCCGACCCGCACAACUCGAAGCGCGGCCUCUUCUUCUCGCACAUGGGCUGGCUCAUGAAGAAAAAGCACCCCCUCUGUCUGCAGCAGGGCAAGAAGAUCGACAUGUCCGACAUCGAGAACGACGAGAUCGUCCAGUUUUAUGACGACAAUUUCGAGAUGAUGAAGGGCAUGUUUUGUUUCGUGAUCCCGACGCUGAUAAUCCGCAAGUACCUGGGCGAGCCCUGGUGGAUCGCCAUUCUUUCCAACCUGGUCAGAUACAUAAUCUCCCUGAAUGGCACUUGGGUCGUCAACAGUCUGGCCCACGUCAUCGGAAAUCACCCUUACGACGUGAACAUUGGGCCGACGGACAACGUGUUCGCGGCCAGUUUGUCGUUCGGCGAAGGCUGGCACAACUACCAUCACACCUUCCCAUACGACUACCGCACCUCCGAGUUCGGCCUGCACAAAUUCAACGUGCCGACCAUGUUCAUCGACUUCUUCGCCUGGAUCGGCUGGGCUUACGAUCGCAAGUCCGUCUCCGUCGACAUGGCCUUGCGACAGGCCAAGAAAAAGGGAGACGGAUCCCGCUUUGCAGACCAGAAAGCACAUUGACGCAAUGAAAAAUUUUCAAAAGAGAUAAAAUGAAAUGCAGGGCAAAAUUGAUCAAAAAUUGAAAUAAUAUUUUUACAAUCAAAAUGUGAUUUUGAUUAAGUCUCAAAUGCUUGCUUGCCCCAAUUUAUUAACAAAAUAAUAAAAUAUGUAGUAUAUAAUUAUGAAAAUAUCAGGAAUCUUACUGUGAUUGCAAAGUUUGAUAAUAAAGCUAAUAAAGCAUGCAAUGUUGAACGUUUUGUGCUAAAUAUAAAAUCUCCAUAUUUUCAAUACUUUGUCUUUCUACAUUAUUUUCGCCAAUACUUAUUUACCUCUAAAGCUGGAAAC